AUGGCAAUAGCAGAUCUUAUAAUUAGCUCUUUAUCAAUGCCUAUAACCGUUGCCAUGGCAGUAGUGUUUCUUCAUCACUUUUCCAUUAAAACUAUCUGCAAAUUAGACUACAUCAACUCAAUAAUAUUGUACUUUGCUGGAUCUUCAACUUUAUAUCAUUUAGCUGUGAUAGCUUGGGAGAGACAUGUCGUCAUAAACAGACCGUUAGAGUAUAGAAAUCUUAUCACAAAUACUCGAGUGAAAAGGUACGCUGUCUUUUCAUGGCUUUUAGCGCCUCUAACGAUAGGAACAACUUACAUUCUGGAAGCCGCUGGUUUAGAUUAUCAAUACAUCGAGAUCGUAAACACCGUGGUUGCCCUGCCAUCUCUGGGAUGUGUUAUAGCUAUCCCAUAUUUUUAUGCAAAAGUUUUUCUGAGAGUACGCAAACGGAAAGAUGAUGAAAUGGUUUCAGUAAAUGCUAUAAUUCAAGAGAAGCUCGAAGCUAAAGUCGCCAAGACUACCGGUAUUUUGACAGUUAUUCUGUUAGUUUCAUUCCUUCCAGGAUUUGCGUCACUAACCGUUGGAGUGUUAUUACCUCCCCUUCGAGCAACUCCAUAUGUGUUGUGGACUCAGCUUCUCGCCCAUCUCAAUUCACUGCUGAACCCUAUUCUGUACUGCUACAGAAUUCGCCCUUUUAGAGAUGCAAUACUUGAAAUGUUGCAGUUUAAAAAGCCACUGCAAAGGCAGCCUGUGGUACUAGUCCACAAUAAAAACCAAUUGGCGCGAAAGACCAAGCAUGGCAUUGGUCUUAAUCUGCAUCACGAGUCUAAGACGAGAACUCUAGGCCUUAAGGUCUGGCGGAGGCGAGCUCGAUCGAUCUCAUUCGAGCCAACCGAGGCAUUCAACACUGACGGUGUUAGAUCCAUGUCUGCCCCGCCCAGUUUCCAAGUGGCUUAUCCUGUCAGAGAUCCUGUUGAAAGAAUUGACAAUAAAGUAGAGAUGUCGGUAAGUUGGAGUAGUUCCAGGGAUGAGUAUAAACCACCGACAAAUUUCAAGACAUUAAAGUUUCCUGGAUCAAAUUCGUGGCAUGGCGAGGAUCCAUUUUCCGCUGAGGUACUCAAAGACAGGAGUUGCCAGAAGCACACCAUCAGAUCUAUUGUUUCAAAGAAAACAGUCUCACCUGCUGAGCCAACGGAAGGUACAAGGGAAUUCAACACUAAAGUGUGA